AAAGGGAGGAUCGAGCUGAGUCCUUAAGAUCGGUACCACGGGUUGUGCAGUUCCAAGGCUGCACAUUGAGGUCGGCCCCCUAGUGGGAGUAUCGUGGUGGCUGUGGUUGAUACCCAAACGUUACGCGGGGAGAGCCGCUAGGCUCCUCGUGGAGUUGCGCUCUCAACCGGGUGCCGAGACCCAUAGAUCGGAAGACGUGUUAGAUACACCUCGCCCCACACCAAGGGGGAUUGUAUGCCCGACCAGGAUACUUUCAAUUGGUACCGGAAGAGUCGCUAUGUACAUAGCUAUAGCUUCUCUUUACGGGCGCUAACUGGCGCAUAGUACCAGGUUCCUGCGUAUGUAGCGGUGGUGCGUGAUGGCGUGAUAUAUGUAUAUAUAUCGCACUAAUCGAGGCUAAGCUGCAAAUAAACAUUAGACGCCGUGGUUGAAAUCCCUCCCUGAGGAACCGCCACGUAAAAUAAAGCUGAGAGAUCAGAUUCAUUCUGUUCUUUUUGGCGCAGUUUGUCUGUGGCAUUGGAUGCACCUUGUUCUAUACUUUGGGCCUGUCCUACAUGGAUGACAACUCUAAGAAGUCGAAGACCCCAGCUAUGAUAAGUUGGUCGGCUUUCCUGCGAAUGCUAGGACCGGCCAUCGGAUACUCUUUAGCCCCGGUGUGUCUUCGCCUAUACAUUGAUCCUUUCAAGGAGCCGCUGAUUACCAAUAAGGAUCCUCGCUGGCUAGGGGCAUGGUGGUUGGGAUGGAUUCUACUGACCGCAAUCCUCUUGAUCUCAGCGUUCUUUGUCGGCAUGUUUCCCAAGGAGAUGCCCAGUGCCAGAGCCAGGCGUAUAAAGGCCGGCACCUGGGUGGAAUCUCAACUGGGAGAGCGGUCUUUUAAAGACAUGGUCCGAACGUUAAAACGACUGGCGGUCAACAAGGUGUACAACAUUAACUUAAUUUUGGGGGCUAGCACGGAAUAUUACAUGUGGCACAAAAAAAAUUGAAUGGAAUGAAGCUAAUGAAUUCGUUUAACUGAAAUAAACUUGAGCGAAAUAACCAAACUCUUGAGUGAAAGUCAAGUGAAAAUA